AGCUGCCUGUGUGCAAGCCGCCCACCUGGUAUCACAAAAGACACUUCUGCUGACGUGCUUUCAGCAAAGUGCAGACAUGGCCUCUUCAGACUCUGAGAUGGCCGUCUUUGGGGAGGCGGCUCCUUACCUCCGAAAGUCAGAAAAGGAGAGAAUCGAGGCCCAGAACAAACCCUUCGAUGCCAAGUCAUCGGUCUUUGUGGCUCAUCCUAAGGAAUCCUUUGUGAAAGGGACAAUCCAGAGCAGGGAAGGAGGAAAGGUCACUGUCAAGACCGAAGCAGGAGAAACUCUGACCGUGAAGGAAGAUCAAGUCUUCUCCAUGAACCCUCCUAAGUAUGACAAAAUUGAGGACAUGGCCAUGAUGACCCACCUCCAUGAACCCGCUGUGCUGUAUAACCUCAAAGAGCGUUAUGCAGCCUGGAUGAUCUACACCUACUCGGGUCUCUUCUGUGUCACUGUCACCCCCUACAAGUGGCUGCCGGUGUACAACCCAGAGGUGGUGUUGGCCUACCGAGGCAAAAAGCGCCAGGAGGCUCCUCCCCACAUCUUCUCCAUCUCUGACAACGCUUAUCAGUUCAUGCUAACUG